CCAAUUCCCGAACUAUCUCGUUGGGCGGUUUGAUCAGAGCCUCGUUUCAUUUCAGUAGCCACUAGCCACUAGCCAGACAGCCAGUCUUGAAUUGGACUGAAACCAAAACACAAAUCUUUGAAUCAGAGAGACGGCAAAUUCAAGUAUCUUCACAUUCUCUAGUUCAGUUCAGAGGAUUUGAAUUAUGAGUUCCCAAGUAUUAUGUUGUUACUGAGAACUUGACGUUUCAACUGGUGAAGUGAUUCCUUUUCGAAUCAUAUCCGAGAAGUAUGGGUCUGUGGAGUAAUUUUGAUCUAUCUGUAACUUCCACAUCUUAGCGUUUCAACAAUUUUGUUACAAUUCAAAGUUCGUUGGCUCUGAAAUUUGAAGUGGGGGUAGCUUGUGUUUCUGCCUAGAAAUCCCGAUUGAUUGUAGGGUCUUGUUUGUGUUUAUACAAAAUCUUUCUCCAUGCUGAACAAAUCCGUACAUCUCAGGACAACAGGUGCCUGUAAACUUUUCCUUGUUUCCGAUUUCGAGAUCCCUGUUUUGAGAUUCUCCAUUCAGUAUAUACGUAACCAGUUAUUUUUCUUUCGAGUAAUUCUCCAGGAUUUGAUUUCUGUGAUUGCUGUGAUACUUCUAUCUUUAUGGCUUCUAAUAAUGCCUAAUACAGGUUCUAGGGCCUAAGUUGUUCUUCUAGACUUGCUUCACAAUGUGUCCUUCGGCACCUGUCCCUCAGCAUGCUGAGAUCGGCUUUCACUGGACUGAUGAGGAGCUUCUGGUAUUCUUGGAACGAAUGGUUAAUGGGGCUCCUCUCGCAGCCAACGUGAUUACGGAAGUCAACCCUUACAAUAUUUUACCCUGGAACUUACGUGGUGCAGAACAUGUUUGGUAUUUCUUCAGUUCGGAGGACCCUGCAGCUACAGGAAUUGGAUAUUGGAAGGCUACAGGAGUGGAUCAUAGGAUACUUAGUAAUUCUCAUACCACUGCUUGUAAAACUAUUCUGGAAUUCUACACAGGCCAAGCUCCUAAUGGAAAUAAAACCAAUUGGAUGAUGCAUCAAUACAAGAUAAAUCAGAAAGGAAACAACAAUGCACAGGAUUCCACUUCAUUAUGUAGAGUCUUCCUCAAUAGCGGUCACAAUCCAAAACAUGAAGUUCAGCAGAGCCAAGCUAGUUUAAAUGAUUCCAGUGGUGACAAUACUUAUUCAAUGCUGUCAUCCAUGCUAAACAUGGAGCAAAACAAUUAUGAUGGGCAAAAUCCUGCAAUUGUAAACAGUUCUCAGGUGACAGGCAGGGUUGAUGAGAAUGGGCUAUUGGCAGUAUCUGAGAGACAUUUUCCAGAACACAGGCCCAACAACCCCAUUCAAGAGCCGCAUGAGAUCUAUGAUUUCUCUAGAGGGGACUUCUUGGAAUUGCAAGAUCUUGUUGAUCCUGAAUCUCCUUCUUCCAGUUCAGAAAAUUCAAGUUUCUUAACAAUGUCAUCAGAUGAGUACUUCGAUUCAUUGGCUUUAUUACAGGGAGGCUGGAUAUAACCAAGGCAUGCAGCAGAACAAUCCUAAUUUCAAGCCUAAUGUCUUCCCAUCUCUUAGAUCUGAUCAGAUGGUUCUCAGGCCAACCUCUUCAGAUGCAGAUAUAAUCCAUAGCCUUUGUCAACAGGUUCUCUUCUUGGGUGCAACAGAAGUAAUCUGCCAAGAGGAUCAAUUCUUAUCUCAGACCCUUCAGUUCCAGGUUCAGCCGUUGUCCAGCAACUUUCCAAUAGUGAGUCAUCAAACCAUGAGCUUCAUCUGCCCAUUGUACAGGAUACAGUCCAAGGCCUUUCAACAAGCUCAAAAAAUAGGGCAUCAUCAUCCAGUGGCCUACCAGCCGCAUCUAGUGGCAAAGGGAAGACUGUAGUCAGUAGGAUGUCAAAGCUCAGAAAGAAAUACUGGUGCUUUAUGCCAUUUUAGCUUCUCCAUUUCUUAUAUGGAGACAAGGAGUUCUGUUAAGACAUUGAGUGGUGAUCAGAUGAGAAAUUUUCAAUCCUACCAUGUUCAUCAUUCAUUGGCUCAAAAAUAUAGAAAGUUUUUUGAGGCGAUGAUGAUAAGGAUGUGGUAGGACCGAAGGACCGUGCAAUGGGAGUUUUCCCAUCAAACUUCACCUUUAUACUGGUUCCUUUUUGCCACAUUGAAAGCUGACAUGGCUAAUCAAAGCCAUUGAUAUGUUAAGAUGUUUGACAAUUAAGUUGUAUAUAUCAUACUAGGUUGUUCAUUUUCAUUAAGUUAUAUCAUGUACAAGGGAAAGAAACAAAAAUGUGCAAGAAUAGAAAAGGACAUGCAUAUUUUCUCAAGUA